GUACGCACUGUCAAAAAAGUGAAAUGUUUUGGUCCAAUUGUAAAAUGCAGAAAAUUUUUGGUUGUUGGUAAGAAUGUACUAAGUGUGUAUGAGGACAAGUUUGAACGUAAAAGCGCUGUCCUGUGUUUACUGUUUACAGUAGAGAAAAUGUACGAAGCCCAGACGAUAAACGCUGAACAUAAGGAUCUCAUACAUGAUGUUGCAUACGACUACUACGGUGAAAGAAUGGCCACAUGUUCAAGCGAUCAAUUUGUUAAGGUAUGGGAUCAAGACGAACAUGGUAAAUGGCAGAUGACUGCUAGCUGGAAGGCACAUAGUGGAUCAGUGUGGAAAGUAACAUGGGCUCAUCCAGAAUUUGGCCAAGUGUUGGCAACAUGUUCUUUUGACCGUACUGCUGCCAUCUGGGAAGAAAUAGUGGGUGAGGGUUCUGUACCUGGAGAACGUGGUAUGCGACACUGGGUAAGGAGAACAAACUUAGUUGAUUCACGAACCUCAGUCACUGACGUUAAAUUUGGACCAAAAUCUCUUGGUCUUUUGCUGGCAACAUGUUCUGCAGAUGGUGUUGUUCGUAUAUAUGAGGCUCCAGAUGUCAUGAAUCUGAGUCAGUGGACACUGCAACAUGAAAUAUCGUGUAAGCUUUCGUGCAGUUGUGUGUCAUGGAAUCCAUCAUUUUCCAGGUUACAUCCUCCUAUGUUGGCUGUUGGGAGUGAUGAUACAACUGUAUCAUCUGGAGGCAAGGUGUUCAUUUACGAAUAUAAUGAAUGCAGCCGGAGAUGGGUGAAAAUUGAAACAUUAUCUGCCGUAACAGAGCCAGUACAUGAUAUUGCAUUUGCACCAAAUCUUGGGAGAAGUUACCACUUGCUUGCAGUUGCAACAAAAGAUGUUCAGAUUUAUAAACUUAAUCCCUUACUUGACAAAGGUACCCAGAGUGGUUUAACAAAACUGGAAGUCUCAUUGCAAGCACAAUUUGAAGACCACUACUCAACAGUGUGGCGUGUCUGCUGGAAUGUUACUGGUACUAUGUUGGCUUCUUCGGGAGAUGAUUGUUGUGUUCGUUUGUGGAAAGCUAAUUUUGCAUCAGAGUGGAAAUGUGUGGCUGUGCUUAAAGGCGACGGUUCACAAGUGAAGACAGACAUCUCCUCACCAGCACAGGCGACACCAGCCCUGUCAGGAGUUUCACCAGGAGUCGGUGCAGUUGCAGUCUUAGCAGGAGCAGCACUGGUUGCUGGUGGUGGAGGUAGUGGUUCUGGUGGUGGCUCAGCACAACAGACCAGUGCUGCAAGAGGGGACCGGAGAGAGGAAGCUCCAGCCAACACUAGGAGAGUCGCUGGGAGCACCGCAAUGCAUAGAGGUUUACCAGGAGCAGCCUCCAUACGACCAUCUGAUGAUACAGUAUCCACACAUUCUGGCAGUAAGUGGCAGGCACCAGUGAUGAAGGGGAGAUUCCAGAAGAUGACUUGGCUGGGAUCUGAUCCCCCUCCACCGCCUCCACCAGCUGUCAAGACAAGGCCUUUCAAGAAAUAGACUGAUAUGUGUAAUGACGUCUUCUACAUGUCUACACCUCUUAGACUUCCACAUAUUAUUUAUGCUGAUGUAAAUAAUAUUUUAUACUGGUGGGAAAUGCAGUACAAGUAGUGCUGUUUCAGCCUGUAAGACAUCUGUAUUCGUCCCACAAUUUGUGAAUAUUUUAUGACUCCUCAAUAAUUAAAUAAUAGAUUUUUUAUAAGGCAAAUAGCUUUAAAUUUCUCAUGUUCAGGAUAUGAGGGUCAACUGCUAAACUAGUCAUCAUCCUUUGACUGAGAUGGGCAUUGUUUUCAGCAAACAUAUGCAUGUUUCUGAGAAAUGUAUAAAAGACUGAAUUUUGCUGCUAGUAUAUUCAGAACUAUGAUCCUAUUUAAUUUCUUCACUGAUACAGUGGUUUUCUUUUACCAAUUGUAAUAGUAUUUUCAGACCUUUGUCCAAUCUCCCACUCUUAAACACCAUUAACAACUUCCUUACAGAUCAACCAAAUAAACAUGACUACCAACAAGUAAUUAUAUUUUAACAUUUUGACACUAUUUCUUUAUGAAAUAAUCCUGAGUUGUUAUUGUCUUAUGUUAUUAUCUUAAACAUCAUCAUCAUCAUCAUCAUCAGAUGUACCAAUCCUGGUGAAAGUCACUGUUUACUUAUUUCUCUAAACUUCUCAACACAUUAAAAGUGGAAUUAUUAGAUGAUCUUGUAGAUUUAAAUGGCUGAAAUAUACACCAAGCAGCAAAGUAACAUCAGGUUAACAAUUUUGAAUUUUGUUUCAAAGCAUUAUGUAAGUUUUAAUAUGAAAUUUCAAACAGAUAUACAUCCACAAUAAAGCCCUGGAAACAGUAACUCUGUUUAUUUUGAAUAUCAAUCACUUCAAGAACUGGUUAUGUUCUAGGAAACAAGUGGACCAAUCUGUUUCUUCUUCUUCAAAGCUUGUGUCCACUGAUAGUAGUUAGAUAAGGGUGGCCAUAAAAACCGUUGUAUCUGAAAGAGAUUUAUUAAAUCAUGUAAAUAUACAAGACUGAAUUCUUUCAGCUGGUUAGUGAUUGAUGAUGAGUCAAAUAGUGUAUGUAUUAUCAAAUACCUGUAAAGUCAAAAGUUAAUUUGAGUAGUUUUAAACAGCUGGUAUGGCACCUUGUAAUUCAGAGUUCCCUAUUCAUGAUCUCAACUCAAAAAUAAAUUAAUUCAAGGUACAAGAUUUUUCACUGAGUUGUUGUUAAAAAUACAAUUCACUU